CUAUCAAUCAAAUGAGAGCAUUUACCUUCUGCUUUUAUUUUGAAGCCCAGCCCCGCCAAAUAUAAGACAGAGAACAACUUUUAAAAAUGACAGAAAACGGCAACUGGCAUAUUCUCAUCCCUCAGAACCUGGAAAAGACAAUAUGGACAGGCUUGAUUAGAGUUGAAGGGGAAGAGUUCCAAAUUCAGAUUGAGCUUCCAAGAGACAAGAACAUCAAACAUGCCAGUGUUCGGGGAGACUGGAGAUUAGUCCGUCACCUCAGCAAGGUUCAAGGCACACUGGAGAGCAGGCUGAAGUCUGCUGUCGAUCCCAAAGCCUUUAUGCAGGAAGUAUGCAGUCUGUUUGAUAACAUCAAGGUGAGCAAGACUGGAACCCCUUCUCAUGGGGUAGUGGACGAUUCACCAUUGUAUCAGAGGCUGGUUGAAGAAGUGGAAACAUUGGGCUGGGAAAUGGUUACAAAUCUGGAGUCUGACUUAAGUCAGUUUGAGCUGACCUGCAAUUACUCAUCAGAUAAGACACACAAUGUUACUGUUCAGGUUCAUUCAGAGGCACAGCACCCAUCAAAUGCUCCAGUUUGUGCAACCACCCUGCAGGACGAUUUUCAACUGCAUUGGACACCAAAGCUUUGCCUCCAUGAUGUAAUUACUCAGUUUGAGGGAUUCCUGCUGAAGUAUAGAUCAUUCUGGGAGGAGAUGGCAGAGAUAGAUAACAAUACAUGGGUUUUAGAACCAGAGAAACCAGGACCAAUGGAUGUCAGCCGGAGAAUAGCUUUAGGAAGUAACUUCUCUAUCCAGAUUGUGGUUGAUCCAGUCCAUCCGCGUAUGCUACCACAAUGCAGAUUCUUAGGGGCAGAUAAUGUUAUCAAUCCUGUACGGAAGCUCCUGAAUACCAACCUCCACGCUUGGAACAGCCAAUCAUCUCUGUUGACAAACCUACGUAACAUCCUUGAGGUAGACUUCCCCACACCAGCAGAAUCCCAGGUUCAGGACUUUAAAGAAGAGUGUGGAAUAUGUUACUCAUAUAGCCUUGAUUCAGUCAUUCCUGAUCAGGUCUGUGACAAUCCCCAUUGCAACAAACCAUUUCAUCAAACUUGUCUUUAUGAGUGGUUGCGUGCCUUGCCAUCAAGCUACCAGUCAAUUACAGGUGUAGGGUUCAACAUUCUGUAUGGAGAGUGUCCGUACUGUUCAAAGGCAAUAUCAGUGAAGAAACUCAACGAGAGAUGACAUGUUUUCAGUUUUGCUUUCCUGUAUUUAAUCUUCCUGGGGGGUGUUUCACAAAGAUCC